ACGAGCAUGGCACAACCCAAUACAACGCUGUAUGUAAACAAUCUCAACGACAAGGUCAACAAGGAGGAACUUCGUGCUCAACUAUAUGCACUCUUCACAACGUAUGGCAAAGUCAUCGAUGUUAUUGCGUCCAAGACCCCCAAGAUGCGUGGGCAAGCAUUUCUGGUGUUCAGUGAGCUUGCCGGAGCUACUUCGGCCUUGCGCGCGUGCGAGGGCAUGGUCUUUUACGAUAAACCUCUCCGUAUCCAAUACGCCAAGACGAAAUCGUACGCAACGCUGAAGAAGGAGGAUCCGAACUUCGUUCCUCCCAAUCCUGCGCACGCCCCUCAAGGCGUGUUCUCUGCGUCGGAGAAACGAGGCCGCGAGGACGACUCCGAAAAUAUUCGACCGGUGAAGAAGGAGAAACAAGACGAUGGUAGCGACGAUGAAGAGAUGGAGAUUGAAGACGACGAUGACGCACCACCGAAACAGCAACACCAGCAACAAAGUGAAGUCCAGCCGUCUGCGCGGUUAAUGGCCUCAAAUCUUCCUCAAGAAGUGACAGAAGACAUGUUGUCCGUUUUGUUCCAACAAUAUCAAGGGUUCUUAUCUGUGCAGGUAUCGCCAACCGCUACUCCUGAUGCCACUGGUCAGGCCAUUAAAAUGGCAUACGUGGUGUUUGAGUCACCGCAGUUGGCGAUGGUGGCGAAAGAUGCCUUGCACGGCUUCAACCUUAAAAAAAACUGGCCUAUGACCGUUGUAUAUAUAUGA